CUUGUUUGCCGCAUUUCCUCCACUCUCCUUGGAUCAUCUGCAACGGCUUGGUCGCUGCGCCCUUCCCGGAAUCUGGAGACCCCACAGCCCUAUCGAUAACCGCCCGGAACCGGAACCCCGCAGGAUGUGAUGAUGUCCACUACCACCACCACUACCGAGCCUGGUGCACCUACCAAGAGACGCAUUAAAAAGAGGACGGGCACGACCAGAGAAAGGACCGGAUGUGUUACUUGCCGCCGCCGAAAGAAGAAGUGCGAUGGGGGAUACCCCGUCUGCAACCACUGUAGACGCCUUAAUUUCGAAUGCGUCCGCGAGGAGCCACGACCGGCUGCUGCCACAAAUAAAGCUGUGGCAGAUGCUGCCGAUGGUGGCGCCACGUCCUCGGUUGGCGAAACGACCAUGUUAGCGACGUCGUCUGCUACCGUCCUACCGGUUCCGUCAUCAACUUGGAUUGCACCCAUUCUCUCGCUUGACCCGGUGGCUAGUUGGCCUGGAACGGCUGGCAGUGGUACGCCUGCGACCAGUCGAAGAUUCCUGAUGCGCUAUUAUCUCCAGACGCUAUCUACUCUACUUACCACUACGCUUGAAAACAAUUGUUUUGCCUCUGUUUUUCUGCCCAUGGCGACUGAGUCUCCCAUGUUGCUUAACGCUAUCAUCGCUCACUCGUCUUCCCAUCUCGCCUUACGCGAUAGUUCUUAUGAGAUAUUAGCAUUGCAAAGCCGCUGCGAUGCUCUUAGCUCCCUUUCCUCCUCAUUAUCCUCUCAGAAUCGUGACUCCGAGCUGGAUUUAUCAUGCUGUUUGAUUCUUUGCUCUAUGGAGUCCAUUCUUGGAGACACUAGUAAAUGGUAUAACCACCUUUUAGGUGCCUCCCAAAUCAUCACAGCAUCCUCUACCUCUGCUAGUACCGGUCAACUAUCAGCAGAGGAUUUGCAAAAUUCUUUCAACAGCUUCGAAGGCCAAUGGCUGAAACGUAACUUUGCGUUCCACGACGUCCUGCAUUCCGUCACCAUGGAUACACGACCUUUGAUAUCAGGCUACUAUUGGCAAUCUGACACUGAGGAUGCAGACCCCUACUUCGGUCUGGGGUCGAAAAUCAUUCACCUCAUUUCUGAAAUUAGCGUUCUGAAUGCAGACAUGGCGGAAUCCGCCACUCUUUCUGCAACCCAAUCAACGCCACCAACUGCUAUAUUCAUGGACGAAGAGAUUGAAGAAGAAGAGGAAGCUAUACAAACGUAUGAGAUUCAUGAUGUCCAGCCAAUACUACCCUGGGUGGAUUACCAAGAACACAAUGUAUCAAGAUCCGACUUUUCCAGCCGAGCAUACCGACUCGAGAGCCAGCUCUCAGAAUGGAAAUGUUCAGAAACGCAAGAUAUCCACUUAAUGGCCAUGGCAGAGGCGUAUCGGAGCGCUGCACUAAUUCAUUUAUACCGCGUCAUUCGGCGGCAUUUGCCCGAUAUGGCGCCCACACUGGACCGAAAGAUUGCUGGACCAGUACAAGCAAUCAUUGAGAACGCAGAGAAGAUGCCGCUUCGGUGUUUGCCUGAGACGACGAUUUUGUUUCCAUUGUUCAUGGCGGGAGGAGAAACAGACGACGAAAACCAAGUCCGGGCCAUCCGUCAGAGGUUGUUGGAUAUCGUGCAGUACAGGCAUUUCCGGAACGUCGAUGUCGCAUUAGCUGUCCUCGACGAACUCUGGCGUUUGCGUGCUGGCGGUACUCCUGGCACCGGACAAAAGAGAGUGGACUGGCUGGACGUGCUCAGUCGACGACAGUGGAGAUUGGCACUAACCUAAUGGAUUCGGACUGCAACUUUCGGCGUUUUUGGCGACAAUGGAAAUCUACGGCGUUGGAUAGAUGGUCUGGUGACCCAAUUUACGAACUACAGCAACCGAUGACAUAUUUUGGGAUGUAUCUGCCUUUUCUAGCGAGGUGCAUCGUACAACGUACGCCUAACGAAGUGGUUGACUAAGACCAGAGGUUUGAAAGGAAUAAUUUGUAUUGUUUCUCUGGUUUUACGCCUCGGUCAUUCAACCCUUUCAGUUAAGAUCAGAUAACUUUAUUCGGGCUUCAUUCGAC